GCGUGACGUCACGAUGACAGGUCCCUUUCAACUCUUUGAUGCUUUGAUCUUCUCUUUCCGAUAUAAGUUGUUUUUUCGUGAUGAAUUACUACACCAAAUGCCAAAGAAGCAGACAAGUGUUGCUGUCGUUGGUGUAUGCAUGGCGAUGAUGUGGCACUUCCUUUGGCCUUCUGUCCUCGUGGGAGUGUUUCUCAACAUUUGUCCAGCAUGCCCUCUGGAAAUCCAGAAGGAAAUGAACCACUACUACGUCGCCAGGGGGUCAAGUGUCCAGCUACCCUGUGCGUACACUCACACCGUGGACUCUCAGCAGUACACGGAGGUCUUGUGGAGUAUCGAGUCUGCAGACCGAGAGGAGCAACCAAUCAUUUGGUUUACUGGCGGCCGCUUGUAUUCCGAUUUGUACAAACCAAUGGAGGGGAGGGUCCACUUCACAUCAGCCGAUCCCCAAAAUGGAGACGCGUCUAUCAUCAUCAAAGAUGUACGUCCGUCAGACACAGAGAUGUACCGCUGUCUGGUGAAGAAGUUACCAGAACUGGAUAAGAAGAUCUUAGACCUGACAGUCAUAGAGGCACCCAGUCAGCCUCUGUGCAGUGUGGACGAAGAAGACAACAGUAUGACGCUGAAAUGCAGCUCUCUGCAAGGCACCCCACCUUUGCAUUACAUCUGGUCCAAGACCAGCGGAAAUAAGGUCUUGCCUACACAGGCCAUUGUCGACCCCACAGGAGCCACCUUGCAUUUCAACAUCACCGAGCGGGAGUGUGGAAGCUAUCGCUGCACGGUGGAAAGUAUGGUGGGCACCAAACACUGUGACCUUCACCUGGACUGUUCGCUGCCCCUGGCCAACAAUGUGAGCAGUCCACAACUGCUGACAACCACUGCAGUUGCUGCAAUCGCUGUCACUAUCACCACACUCUUCAUUGUCACAGUUGUCCUUGCCGUAUUCCUCUACCGCAAACGAAAAGAGCAGCACCAGGAAAUUGAAAUGGAAAAAUAA